AUGACUUGUAUCUCCACUCCUCGGUUUUCCUUACUCUUUAAUGGAUUUCUCCAUGAUUUUUUUGAAGCUAAAAGAGGUCUUAGGCAGGCAGAUCCUAUGUCCCCAUUGCUUUUUGUAUUGGGUAUGGAGUACUUAAGUCAGAUUCUGGUUAAGGUUGAAAAAAAAGAACACUUUUUGUUUCAUGACCGAUGCAAGGAUAUGAAGUUGAAUCAUCUUAGCUUCGCUGACGAUGUUUUAAUCUUUUGUAGUGGUGAUUACAAGAGUAUAUAUUACAUGCUUCAGGGCCUAAAAACAUUCUCCCAAUCCUUGGGUUUGAAUUCAAAUGUCCAAAAAACUGCUAUCGAUUGCAGUGGGAUGCAAGAAAGAGAAAUACUCAGAGUUCUAAAUAUCUCUAGCUUCACAAGACAUCCAACUCCAUUCAAAUACCUUGGCAUUCCAAUAUGUGCCAAAAGAAUUUCAGUAGAUGAAUUCACGGGUUUAGUUCAGAAAAUGGUUGCUAGAAUUAAAGUUUGGAGCUCGAGGAACAUCUCUUUUGCAGGUAGAGUUGUUCUAAUGAACUCUGUCUUGCUGACAAUACAUACCUUCUUGCCAAAGAAGAUCAUAUACGAAAUAAAAAAGGUUUGUAGCAAUUUUUUAUGGAAGCAGGGCUUGAUUGAGGGUCCUAACAGUGUGGCUUCGGGCAAUGUGUGUAGGAAAAAUGCUGUUGGAGGUCUAGGAUUCGUGAACACUUCAGACUGGAAUGAAGCAGUACUUUUCAAACAUGUGUGGUCCAUUGCCAAUAAGAAAGACAAUCAUUGGAUAAAAUGGGUCCAUAGUGUUUACAUUAAAAAUGAGGAGUGGUGGGAGCACAAAGCUCCUUUGAAUAGUAGCUGGUAUUGGCGAAAAAUAGAUGAGGCAAAUUUUAAAAUAGGAGCAGGAUACAAGUUGUUGCAGCGUGCUUUUGAGCAUCCUUUCUGGCACAAAGAGAUCUCGAGAUUGCAGCUUUCAUUAAAAAGCAAAUCAGCUAUUAAAAUAGCAUCCAAACCAGAAGGGACAUCUCCCGUACUAGAAAGACAGUCAGGAAAUGAACUAGAAGAACGAGCUAAUGAAUUAGUAGCUUGUUCCCAGACCGUUUAG